CACAUUUCAUGCCCAUGGGUAAAAUUCGUCAGGAAAAUAGAUACUUGAGCUAAUCCUUGAGAACUUGUUUACUCAAUUGGAUGAAUAUGACUGUAAAUAAACACUAUUGGUUUGUCUGGGGAAAAAAUUUGGGCCAUUUUAAAAAUAAAUGUUAAUUAACUGUUUUUUUCUAACAUUUUAGUUUUUAAAUUUGUGAAAUGGACGAAGUAAAUAUAUGGCCAUUAAUUAUUAUUGUAGAAAUACAUUCAUACUUAAGAAUAUACAAUUUUUGUUCUGUAGAACGAAGGGAAGGAUUAUCAGUUAAAAAGAUUUCUUGAAGAUUUUUCUACUCUAAUCAGUAAUGUUCUUUCCCUCUGAACAGAAAAAGGAGAAAAAGAAAAGUAAAUCGAAAAGAAAACAAAUAAAAUUACCGACUUUGAGUGUUAAUAGGGGUAUAUUUGAAAAUGUACUGCUCGGUAAGACCUGCCACAGAGAAACAUACAGUCCUCUUCAAAAAGCAAGGAUGAAUGAGGAUAUUUUCGCUUUGGCCCAGAACAGACCCAACCAAGAAGAUUUUUCCUUGAUGAAUAUAAAUAUAGCAGGAGAGAAUACAGCGCUUAAGGACACUGAGUUGAUUGAUCAGAAAAAAGAAAAUAGUUUACCGCCGUGUACAUCAGAGCAGAAUAGCCAUAAAAAUGAUGGACUUAAUGCUGAAAGAGAAAAGUCAGAAAGCGAUAGAAGGGAAAUGCCAUUAUUAAAUUACGUCUGUCAUAAUGAUACAAGAGCUACUAAGAAGACAGUUCAAGAAGAUAAAGAACCAUACUGUCAUGUCGGAAGAUCGGACAAACAAUUGGAAUUUUUCUCUAACAAAAAAUCAUUUGAUGUUUUAAAUUUUGAUUUCCUGGCCAAGAAUAGCUCAAGUGGGUCUGAUGAUAGCGAUUCUCACCUUUUUUUCAGAAAAAAAGUCAACCAUGACAUUUUUCUUCCUGAAAAGUACACCUUAAACAAUAAAGUGGGUAAAUUUCAGAUAAACUAUAACCAGACUAAUCGUUACACGAGUGAAAAUAUUCUUCAGCAUUCUUACACACCGAAUAAAAAAUUUAAGUUCUUCAAUCCUCAUACAUUUCCUGAUAAAAAGCGUAAAAAGAGUUAUAGGCUUUCCCCUCACACGUAUUGAACUUCCAGAAGAACUUUCCAUGUUUUGGUAUUAAUCAAUUUAAAAAUAAUUAUAAAUAUUAUUGUAAAAAUUUCUCUGGAAUAUAUUAAGAAAGUAAUCUUACAAAUUGAGACUUUUGUUCACUUAUUUAUUUAUGUUAUUCUCAGGGCUUUUUUGUUUUUUUCUGCCCACACAAGAUGUUGAAUAAAAAA